CCUGCAAAUGCAUGUAAUUCCAAUAAACUGAGGAUGCCACGUCAUCAGUUUUUCAGAAGAAAUGGGCGACUUAAAUAGUCAUCUCAAAUGAUAACCUAAAAUUUUAUGUAGUAAUUAGAUUUGGUAGAUUGAAGAGUCAUUAUCUGAGUAAGGAUAUUUUCGAAACGAAGAUUGUUGAACAAAAACUACGAUGGCUAAACGUAAAGCUAUUUCAUCAGAAAAAAAAGGACAAAAUUCAAGAAGGGUUCUUCCUAGGAAUCGACUACAAAAACAACAAAGUUUGUGGCGACGAAUGGUAAUACUCCUGUGCUUCUCAGUUUUCUGUGUACUCGUGGGCUGUGCAAUCUAUGGAAUUUACAGGUUGGCUGACUUUGUUGUCGAGGAUGAGUUGAGAACAAUUUAUGCAUUUGGUUUUCUGUUUUUCAUCUUCUUUGCUGGACUGAGUUUCGUUCUCUGGUACCACGGAUUUCAUGAUGCUGUCAUGGAUUUCAUUUUUCCUAUUGAUGAUAAGACAUCUUCAGAUACAAAGACGGCGAAAGGCAUGGCUUCGAAAGAUAAAAAGAAGUGAUUGAAUUAGAACAUUUUGCUUCCCAUUUAAUGCUACAUCGAACAUAAUGUUAUACUAUUUUACUUUCAAUAUUUUAUUAAAUUUUAAUGAAUUCAAGAUUUUAAUAAUAAAAUAUUCUCAAGACUA